AUGGCAGCAGCAAAGACUCAGUCCCUUUACUCCUCGCUCCAACUCACCCACAAUGUCACAAAGACGUCUUCUGGCUCAGAUGUCCAUAGCUACACUUCGGACCUGGGCCCGGACUCCCCCAUCCUGACUCUCAUUCAUGGCUAUCCUCAAUCUGCUUAUGAAUGGCGUCAUGUCGUUCCUCUUCUCCGAGGCAAGAUCUCCUUGUUCGUGCCUGAACUUCCUGGCUAUGGCAUCUCGACGCCGAUCCGCGAUCCGGCAUCCAACACCAAACGAUCCGUUGGCACGGCUUUGUUGGAGGCGCUCGCGGACGUUUUCAAGACCAAAACGGCCUCUUCUCCACGACGGGUCAUCCUGGGCGGCCACGACCGCGGAGCGCGAAUUAGCCACCGCCUCUCCGUCGACUUCUCCCACCCGCCCCAAUCCUCACCUGCCCUCUACAAGGACUUGAACUUGACCGUCCCCGGCACCAUCCUACUCGACAUCAUCCCGACCAAGGAGCAGUGGAACGCCUUCUCCGACCCGGCCAUAUGCCAGGGAUACUUCCACUGGCCGCUCCUGGCCAACGCGGACCUGGCCACCGAGAUGAUCUCGGCGUUCGGGGGCGCCAAUUGGGCGAGAGGGGCGCACACACGCAUCUCCGGCCCAAACCCGAAAGCGCUGGAGAGGAUCUCGUCCCACGACGCCCUCGACGUCUACGCGGACCUGCUCAGUGACAGGGAGACCAUCUAUUACACCUGUCUCGACUACGCGGCCGGCGCCGCCCCGGAGGCCACGGAACAAGACGAGGACCAGAAGGCCGGCAGGAAAGUCGGUGUGCCGCUACUCGUCAUGUUCAGUAAGUCGAAACUAGGAGCGCGGAUUGACGUCGAGGCGGUGUGGAAAGGCUGGAUCGCUCAAGGAGUGGAUUAUGAAGGAUAUGGCGUGGGAGACGGCUUUGGGCAUUACCUACCCGAGGAGGCCUUCGAGACUGUGGCGGAGAAGAUUUCGGCAUUUAUCAAAAAGGUGACCUGA